AUGGUUCUCGUUGAAGAUGUUACAUCAAAUUCAAGAUCAUCAACAAAUACAAAUAAUACCAAUGCAUCACCACCUAGAAAUUCAACUCAAAUACCUCCACGUCCAACUGUAUCAUCACCAUCAUUAAUAAAUGUUUUACUUGAACGUAAAACUGAUACUGUUUUAUUAUUAUCACGUUUAGCAACAAUAGUUUUUACAUUAAUCUAUAUUUUACCAUUUUUUCGUUCAAAAUCUGAAUCAAAUGUUUAUUAUACAAAAGCAUUAUUAUCAUCAGCUGUUACGUCAAUAUUACGUCUUCGACAACGUAUACCAACAUUUGAAUUUUCACGUGAUUUUUUUCUAAAUUUAAUUCGUGAAGAUAGUGCACAUUAUUUAAUGUAUUCAUUUUUAUUUUUAAGUGGUUCACCAAUGACAAUUGUUCUUAUACCAAUAACAACAUAUGCAUUAUUACAUUCAUGUUCAUUUUUAUCACAAAUUUUAACAAAUCAUCCAGCUAUAAAAUAUUAUUUUGAUCGUAUUACUGAAAAACAUGCUAAUUUAUUACGUUUUGUAGCAUUAAAUGAAAUUAUACUUAUGCCAUUAUUAAUUUUAUCAAUAUUUAUUGCACGUUCUAAUUUAUUACUUAUAUUUAUGUACUAUCGAUUUCUUACAUUACGUUAUACAUCACAUAGAAAUCCAUAUACACGUACAUUAUUUUUUGAAAUUCGUCAACGUGUUGAAUAUUUAUGUAGUCAACCAAGAUGUCCACCAAUAAUUAAGCGUAUUUGUUAUAGUACAAUUGCUUUUAUUAAUCGAUUAGCACCAGCAAUCGGUUAA